GAACUAUUUAAUACCUACAGCUGCCUAAAUUUUAGUAACAGCUACUUACAAUAGUAGAAUGAAUAUUUUCCCAAUUCCAUCUAUGUAUCUUUUUGCAGCUACAAAAACUUGUAAGUGGAAGGACUGUACUCAUGGUAUGGUGAUGAAUUUGAUUACUUUUUAGCAUUUCACUCUCUUUGUUAAGGAUGCUGUUAGAGUGAUUUUUACCCUUGCAGUCAGUUUUACUACUUUGCCAGUCUUAUAUUUAAUUUCUAUUUCAGAAAAGCACAGCUUCCCUGGAGAUGAUCCCUAAGCCUGAGACAACAUUGCUUGUCUAUUUCUACCCUAUAUGAAUUUUCAAGUUCUAAUCUCCCUACUCUGGGCAGCCACAUCAUUCUUCCUGCAGGAAACACUGGACCGAGAUUCACGGCCUUGUUCACACUUCCCCAUGUCUUACCUUUUUUCCCACUUAGCUUGGUGUCAGCAAAAUCAAAGAAAAUCUCUGAAUAAUUGUCAUUGAUACAUUUUGUUUUCUGUUCCUAUGCUAUUUGCAAAAUGAUUGUCACUGCAGUACAUGGUCUUUAGUCAAAAAGCUCUGCAGAUAAAAGUUUCAUUUAUUGCACACCGACUGAAGCUUAUACCUAUCUCAGCUGCAUUUAACGCAACAUUUGUGUUGCUAAUUAAUCUGAGAAGAGCGAAGGCAAGCUCAUUUUUUUUCCUGAAAGACUGUAAAUGGCCUUUUGUUAUCAUUUAGCAGGGAAUGACCUCCUGCAAGCUCUGUUUGCUGCAUCUGCACAAUGCUGCUGAGAGAGAGCUGCUGGUAGCAUAGAGGAAAUACAGCAAAGCUGGACAGUUGCACUGCAGCCCAGAGAAAAGUGCUAUGUAAUACCAGUAUAACUGGAAAGAUGAAGUUCUUUGCAGACCAACUGUUGAGUGUCAGCAGUUUGUGCUAGCAGAACUGCCAGUAAAACUGCCUUCCUCUCAAACAAGGCCAGUAACAAGAGCACACGGAGAGAGAGGUUUAUGGGGAUAUCUGUAGGGUGCUGGUGAGAAGGGCUCCCUCCUUGACUCUUAUACUGCUGUGCCUAUACAAACAGCCCCAAAGAUGCCUGCCCACCAUGGUCCCGAUGCCAUGUGCUUGGCCAUUGCUGGCCUUGUUUGAACUAGAAAGUUUUACUGGCAGAAGUUCUGCUAGCAUGUACUUAUAGACAUUGCUGUGUUGGCAGGAUGCACUCACGUUUGGCUGUUUUUAACGAUGCAAGAUGUCCUCAGAGCAUCAGGCUUUUAUCAGCAGAGAUGACAGCAUUAUGGAAGGCUAACCCAGAUUACCUCGUGCAAUGUUUGGUAGAUUGCCUUCUGGUAAUUUCUUGCAGCAUAUUGUGGAGCUGCUGUUGUAUACUGUGAGAUACCAUCAGUUACACCAUAAAAUCUGUGUAAAUAUUGGGUCAGAUUUUCAAAAAAUUUUCUGUCUUGUGCAAUAACCUAUUUUUACAUGUGCCGUUUUCCCAUAUUGCAGAUUUCCCAUUGCCAGAACCCCAGAUUGUAUCAAACAGCAUCACUCUCUUGUUCAUUUAGGGCAGAUGUAAGUAUUCCGUUCUUAUCUAAGGAGCAGCCUAAAGUAUCGGGUGGUGGGGACAAGUGGAACAUAAGAGACAAGGAAUGGCAGCUAACUAUUUGCAGUAAGUGUUAGCUAAACUACUUCACAAGAACAACUUGUAUUUUUGGGCCAUACUGUGAGCACUGGAAGAGAGAAUCAUUCAGGGUUGGAUGUUAAACUUGUGCCAGCAUAUCCACUCUGAUUUAGGAGCUGCUUAAUGAGGAGACAGGAGAACGAGGAGGUGCCAACUUUUUGGAAAGCUGUGCUGAUGUGGGCAUUUUGGCAUUACCUGGGGGGCUGUCUCCAGUGAGGUAUAUAAAGUUAAGUAUUUCCUGCUGCACGGUCUUUUCAUGCUGGGCAACAUACUGGAAACAAGAGAUGAACGUGAUACAGUGGACUUUGCUAGCUGUGGGUGAACAGAAAAUAAGGUUUGUAUCCAAUUCUGUCCUAUCUGUAGGAUAUGUAGAAUAUAUAGAUGGCUGGAAGAUACCUAGAGCUUAGAGACCAUAGGCAUGUGUGGAACCUGCAGAUCUGCAUAGAAAGCCACACAUGUAACCAGAGCACCUGCACAAUGACCCUAACACGGUAUGGACGUGUAGCACCUGUUGUUUGCAGGCAGGCAGCAUGCACCCAGUGAGUGCAGUGUGUUCUGGACACAUCCAUUUUAUCACACAUUCACAGAUACUCUGCUUAGCACAUGCACUGAAGAUCUGGCAUGCCUGUGUAUGUGCUGGGCAGCACAUGGGCUGAUACUUCUGUCUUAGAUUUCAUGGCUAUAAUUCAGAAAGAACAAUUUAUUGAAGACAUAUACUCACUCAUUUGGAACUGCUGUUCCUAAAAAUGCCCUUCCUACAUCAGCUACCUGCUUUUGGGGAGCUUCCUAAGGGGCUUUGCAUCUCAUUUUUGCUCUAGCCAUGUCUUCUUCCCCAAAAAACCAUUCUGAUUUAUCCUUUCCUUAGCAUCCUUCACCAUGGGCUUAUGUUGAUGAUGAGAGCAGCAUCCCAGCAUCCUCAACCCACCGCGGCGUGCCGCGCAUGCGCCCACGCAAGCGUCCCGGCGUCUGUGCACCCGCGUCGUCUCCGAGGGCAGCGAGUGGGGCGUCACGGCCGCAGCGGGUGCCGCCGUUCCCCGCUGCUGAGGAAGUCGAGCUUCAAAGAAUGGGAACAUGGAAAAGCCAGAGCCAUCCUACAGACUUCCAGUGUCGAAGCAGAAGACCAAUUCUGAGGUUAUAAAUGAAGCCAGAAGUGUUCUACGAACACUAAGAACUCAGAGGCCGUCUACACCUGCAGAGGUUCAGAGGAAACUUUUUGGAUCUGAAUCUUCACGAGCUCCUCAAAACAGACCACCUUCGGUUUUUAGUCUUCAUGCUUCCAGUUUUGAUUUGGCUGAAUCAAGACCUGCUUCUGGUGUUCGUCUUAGCCCAUUGGAUUAUAAGCCAAUACUAGUUAUUUCAUCUGAAGAUGAAGAUUCUUCUGUUUCCCUUCCAAAGCCUGCUGUGGAUGCUGCAGAGAUUAGAAAAGUCAGCAAUGCUCGGGCACAGUUAUUUCGAAGAACUUCUCAGGGAGAUGCCUUUCCUGCUAGCAUGGCUCCACUGGAUCACCAUGAAGAGAAGGUUGAUUGUGAAGCACCAGCUAUGAUGAGUAGUUUUCACAGAACUAAUGAUAACUGCUUAACAGAGCAAAGGGCGUACACAGCAUUUAAUGACAAAAGCGAGCAAUUAAUUUGUAAUGAGCACAGUGCUAAACCGGAAAGGGAAGAUGUUCUAAAAGGCACAGCAGGAAGACUUUUAUUUCAACUAACAGGUGAAAGUAACCAGAUGAAAAAACACGGCAUUGUUGAAUCACUGCCAAGGAGCAUAGGCUGGAAGAGAAGAUUAACAGGAUUAGAGGAUGACACGAGAGCAGAUGAAUCAGAAGAGGAAAAAAGCUUUUGGCAUGUGAAGGUCCUACCAAUUCUGCAUGAACUGGAAAGUGAAGACAAUGUAGAAAGUCUUUGUUUGGCUUGCACCAAACUCUAUCAAGUCUUGAAUGAAGGAAAUAUGCUUGGAAGAAGAUUUAAAAGAAGACGUAUGCUUCUGAGGACAUUAUAUAAACUUGUAGAAAUUGAUUCGGAUCCACUUUGUGUGAAGCUGGCAAAGAUUAUUCUGUCUAUGAAAGUGGAUGGAAAAAGUCUUCUCGGAGCUUGCAGGCUGGCAUUUAAAGUUUGCAGGAAUGGAAUGAAUGACUACCUCGUUCAAAACGAUACAUUACUAGAUUGUUUGUUGGAGGUCCUGAGAACUGAAGAUCUACAAAAAAACAAUGAAGCUCUCCUUUAUUGCUUGGGAGCUAUAAAAUUUAUGUCUGGAAAUGCAGUGUUCCUUAAUGAAAUGGUCAACAAAGGAGCAGUUGAAAUGUUGCUGCAAUUAUUGAAGCAGAUUAAUAAUAUAAAAGAAAACGACUCACAUUUCUCCAGCUUGGGCCACCUAUUAGUCCAGCUGACAGCUACUUUACGAAACUUGGCCGACUUACCUCAGGCAAGAUGCCAGCUCGUUUGCAGUGGUGCAGCCUCUGAGCUCUGUGUGGCGCUGGAGCAGCGUAUGAAUGACAAGGAUGUGUGCACCUACAUUGUCAGGAUUUUCAGCAAACUUUCUUCGUACGAUGACUUCUGUGCAGCUUUAGCAGACUGCUCCAGAUGUUACAUCUUAUUUUUAGCUCUACUAAACAAACACCAGCAGCAGCAGGAUUUGGUUAUCCGUAUCAUCUUUGUUCUUGGUAAUUUAACAGCAAAGAAUAACCAGGCCCGUGAGCAGUUUUUUAAAGAAGAAGGAAGUGUUAAUACCUUGAUGUCAUUAUUCCAAACCUACCACGAACUUGAUUUGAAUGAAGAGAAAUGGCAACAUGAAAGAGAAAGGGAAGAAAAAAAAAAUCCAAAGCAUCCUUCCAAAGCAGAAGAUGUUCUGAUAAAGCUGAUACGUGUUCUGGCCAAUCUGUCCGUUCAUCCCAGCGUAGGAGCAGCUCUGGCAGCUGCUCAUCAUGUUGUAGAAUUACUUGUUACAGUACUAGAAUACAAGUCAGUUGACGUCUGCGAGGAGUUGGUGAUCAAUACUGCAACAACAAUCAACAAUUUAGCUUUCUACAAAGUGAAGAGUUCUGCAGUUCAAGACAAGAAACUACGCAUUGCUGAAAUGCUUUUAAAGCUGUUGAUGAGCAACAGUAUGGAUGGAGUUGUGGAAGCUGUCAGAGUCUUUGGCAAUCUUUCCCAGGAUCAUGAGAUCUGUGAGUUCAUCGUACAGAAAAAGAUACACAAGUUUGUGAUUGCUUUACUUGAUGCCAAGAAUCAAGAUGUCUGUUUUUCUGCCUGUGGAGUCUUGCUCAAUCUCACAGUAAAUAAGGACAGACGAGCUCUUCUGAUGGAAGAAGGAGGAAUUGGGAAGUUAGUUGACUGCUUACGAGACUUUGGGCCAGCAGACUUGCAGCUGGCUUGUUUGAUAUGCAAAACCCUGUGGAACUACAGUGAAAACAUCACAAGUGCAGCCUCGUGCUUUGGAGAAGAUACUGACACAUUGCUGAUGCUGCUCACAUCACUCUUAGAUGAAGAGCUGGCAUUAGGCUACAGCCUCGACAGAGGGGACCACCACAAACUGUACUGGGAAACGGAGUUCAAACCUGUGGCAGAAAAACUUCUUGACAGAAUUCAGACCCAUCGCUCCUCCGUUUCCACUGCGAUCAUUGCUGCGUUUUAAUCUGUUUGGGGCUUUUUUUGUGAUGUAGAUUGUACAGUUAUAUUUUUCCAAUAUAUGUUGCCAUUGGUAAGCGUGUUGGACAGCACGGGAAGUUAAUGUUUAUAAAGUUGGUAAAGCCUAGUAUUUAUAUAAGGGAUGCUAUCUUUUAAAGGGGCUUGUCUGAAAUUUUUACAUGUGUAAUUACCUUUUAGAAUAUAUUUUGAGUUUCUCAAG